GCUCCUGCUUGCCAUCCUAUCAAUCCUCAACUACCAGAGAAGAAGACAAGUCGGCCAAGAUGGCUGCUCCGCUGUAUACGACGGCUUCAGGCCAGAUCCUCAUUGCAACCGUCGGUCUACCAGCCCGAGGAAAGACUCACUUGUCCCACGCCCUCGAGCGAUAUCUGAGAUGGCUCGGGGUCAAAGCAGAUGCGAUGAGCUUGGGUGACUACCGAAGGAAGGUCUUAGGAGGACCCAAAAGCCCCGAUACGGACGCUUUGCGGCGUAGAGUUCUCGAAGAAUUCGACGAUACGGUCAUCGACUUUUUCAAUGGCGGCGGUCAGGUGGUGAUAUACGACGCCAACAACGGCACGCAGGCCCGUCGCUACGCCAUCCGCGAAAAGUUCGGCAAGCUUGGCGUCCACGUCAUGUUCCUCGAGAGCAUCUGCACAGACAAGUCCAUUGUAGAGGCCAACGUCCGCAGCGUCAAAGUCUCGAGCCCAGACUACGUCAAUUGGGAUCCGGAGCAGGCCGUUGCCGACUUCUACAAGCGCAUUCAGGGACACGAGCGCUUCUAUGAGCCCAUUGAAAAUCCGUCGUUCCCCUACAUCAAGGUAAUCAAUGUUGGGCAGCAGGUCAUCGUCAACAAUAUUCAGGGAUACCUGCAAAGUCGUGUAGUGUUCUUUCUCAUGAACAUUCACAAUCGACAGAGAACCAUCUACCUCGCUAGAGCGGGCGAGGCCCUCAUCGACCACCUCUACAAGGCGGACGCGGACCUCUCCUCCCUCGGCUGGCAGUACUCGCAGCGCCUCUGCGACUUCGUGAUUCAGCAUCGCCAACAAGCAGCGCAGGCCAGCAUUCGGCGCGCGAAGGAUGGGAUCCUCACACCAGGGGGCCAUGAGCCCGGAACAGGCCCAGGCAUGUCUGGUCGCCCGCUUGAAGUAUGGACUUCAGCGCGUAAACGCUCUGCGCACACCACACUCGCCUUCGCCGACAAAGGCUUCAGGGUAAUCGAACGCUCGCAAUUGAGCGAGAUCAACCCGGGAGUCGUGGAUGGGCUGACACCAGAUGAGAUCAGGGCCAAAUUCCCCGACGAGUGGGACAAGAAGAUCAAAGACCCUUACGCGCAUCGCUACCCUCGUGCCGAGUCUUAUCACGAUCUCUCGAUCCGAUUAGAGCCUAUCAUCUUCGAGCUGGAGCGCGCCACGAGCGAUGUCCUCAUCAUUGGCCAGUCGAGCGUGCUGCGCUGCUUGAUCGCUUACCUGCAGGGCAGGAAACCGCAGGAUAUCCCCGGCAUCGUGGUGAAAGAGGGAGAGCUUUACGAGAUGGCGCCCAAGGCUUACGGCAUUUCGACGACCGUGGUUGAAUUUUGGGAUCAAGUCAAGGAGCGACAGCUCCGGAGAGGCAGCUCAACGACCGUUUCAGCAACGUGCUCGGCGGCCCCGGUCUUGGAGGCCAUGGCGGAGCCUCAGGUCACGGACGUCGUCGCGUGA